AUCCCAGCAAUGUGGAGGAGUCUGGGGCUUGCCCUGGCUCUCUGCCUCCUCCCUUGGGGAGGAACCGAGAGCCAGCGGCAAAGCUCCGUUUGUAAGAAACCCCCAGCCUGGAGAAUAAGGGAGGAAGACCCAAUGCUGAACUCAAAUGGUUCAGUGACCGUCGUUGCUCUUCUUCAAGCCAGCUGAAACCUGUGCAUUCUGCAGGCAUCUAGAUUGGAAGACCUGCGAGUAAAAUUGGAAAAAGAAGGCUAUUCUAAUAUCUCCUAUGUUGUUGUUAAUCAUCAAGGACUUGCUUCUCAAUUAAAAUAUAUACAUCUUAAAAAUAAGGUUUCAGAGCAUAUUCUUGUCUAUCAACAAGAAGAAAACCAAACAGAUGUCUGGACUCUCUUAAAUGGAAGCAAAGAUGACUUCCUCAUAUAUGACAGAUGUGGCCGUCUUGUAUCUCAUCUUAGUUUGCCUUACUCCUUCCUGACUUUUCCAUAUGUAGAAGAUGCCAUUAAGACUGCUUACUGUGAAAAGAAAUGUGGAAACUGCUCUCAUAUGACUCAUGAAGAUGAAGACUUCUGUAAAAAUACAACUUCGGUUAAUGUGGAAGAAAAAUCUGAGGCCUCUAAGCCACGUGACCACCACCACCAUCAUCAUGAGCAGGGGCAUCGGCAUCUUGGGAACAGUCAGCCUUCAGAGAAUCAGCAAACAGGUGAACCAGAGGCUCCUCAGCAUCCCCCUCCUCCAGGCCUUCAUCACCACCAUAAGCACAAGGGCCAUCAAAGACAGGGUCACCCAGAGAACUGAGAUAUGCCAGGAAGUGAAGGUUUACAACUUGCCCUUCCACGAAAGAAGCUCUGACCAAAGGGAUGUAUAAAUCAAUUACUCUGAAAGUUGCCCAAAGAUUCAGAGUUGGCCCCUAGUAGCUGAUGCUGACAUUGCCGACAUCUGAUAUUUGAAAAAACAGGGUCUGCAAUCACCUGACAGUGUAAAGAAAGCCUUCCAUCUUUAUGCAGCUGACAGGGACUCCUG